AUGUACAGGAAUAAAUCGUCAGAUCGAAAUACAAUUACGAAGGUGGAUAGCAAUGAAGUUCUCGACAACGACACUGAGUUCAACGCGAAUCAAUUCAAACUGUACGACGACUUUAGCACAGACCUGCGUAUCAAUUUUAAUACGCUACGGAGCACCUUCCAUGAAAUAACGAGGUGCGAGGCGAGAAGGAGAUGCGACCCCAACGACUCUGGUAUUGAUGUCGAAAAUGGAAACCCACUGGAUGAUGUAACAGGAUCUAAAGAUAGUGAUUUGUUGGAGAACGAAGUGAUGGUAGAUCCUUGGGGCAGUAUGGACUCUUCUAAUUCACCGUUAACUGACUCCGGACCUUCCGCCAGCGAAGACUGCACACCUUCAACCUCAAGCGAACCUCCUCGUGGACCUCUAGAUACCUCUAGCCCAAUUUCUCCUGAAGCGCGUCGCUUACCGGACCCAAAAGACACUAAAGUUAGAAAUGUAACGAAGUUUACCCCUAAAGCUACAGACAAGGCACGUUCCCGGGAUCUUACUUUGGAGCUAGAGACUCUAGAGCCAGACCCUGCUUCCCGCCGCCCGCAUUUCCUUGACGACGAUUAUCAGCCACCGUCUCGAUCAAAUAUUGAAUGUCGUAUACCUAAACCGCAUUUUCUAGAUCAUUCCCCAUCGCCCGACGAAUUUGAUGAACGUAGCGAUAUAACAAACCCGAACUUCCUAGAUGAUGAAAUAGACGGCGAUGAAAGCCAAGCACAAAAAAAAGCUGGAGCCCUACCCAAAAGACAAACUAAACCACAGUCUUCCACAUACACUGCUCAAGAGGACAGACCUCACAGAACAAGUUAUAGGAGCACAUUGCAUUAUGGGUUAGAAAGUGCUGCCAGGUCAAGCGAACGUGAUAAACGGGCUUCCCAGUUAUACAGAGGAACUUGGCCUGGAGAACGGGACGUGUGGACUGGUCACGACUCCGCCAGUGUCCGAAGCUUUUCAAGCAAUGGCUCCAGUAAUUGCCCAAGACCUUCAUCAAAUCUAGAAAAUAAAAUGGAGUGCGUAUGUUCCUUAAUAUCUCUUCUCAGUUUGUCUCCAGAAAAUAACGCUGACCUCAGCGGACCCCUCUUAGAAAUGAGUAGAUCAGUUGAAAGUUGUAUAGCAAUGCGACAAGCUGGUUGUAUCCCGUUGCUCGUACAGCUCAUUCAUUCGAAAGUGCCCAGAGAGACUCGAGAUCGCGCAGCCAAGGCACUCCGAAACAUCAUUCAUACCCAGACAGAUGAUAAAGCAGGUAGACGAGAAGCAAGAGUAUGGAGAUUGCUUGAACAAGUUAGAGAAUAUUGUUACAUAUUAGAAGACGUAGUAGAAGCGAGAAAGGAAGGAAAGGAGGUAAUAGAGGAUGACGCUACCAAGCAUCCGAGCCAAAGCGUUGCAGCUCUCAUGAAACUAUCCUUCGAUGAAGAGCACCGACAUGUUGUUUGCCAGUUAGGAGGACUACAGGCCUUAGCGGCAUUGGUGAGCGGAGAUCAGGCAGCACAUGGUAGCAGAACUGACGACAAUACGUGCCUGACUAUGAGGAAGUACGCGGGGAUGACGUUGACAAACCUAACAUUCGGAGAUGGCAACAACAAGUCUCUUUUGUGCUCCUUCAAAGAUUUCAUGUUGGCGUUGGUUGAGCAACUGGAAUCGCCUAAUGACGAUAUGCGACAGGUAACUGCCGCGGUACUUAGAAACUUAUCAUGGAGAGCAGAUACCAACAGUAAACAAGUAUUAAGAGAAGUUGGAGCAGUCAAGGGACUAACCAAAGCUGCGAUGACUUGCCAAAAAGAGGCGACUUUGAAGUCCGUGUUGUCGGCACUUUGGAACCUGACUGCUCAUUGUUCUAUGAACAAAGUAGCUUUGUGCUCCGUCGACGGAGCCUUAGGAUUUCUCGUCGAUAUGCUCAGCUACAAUUCACCAACAAAGACAUUGGCGAUCGUGGAAAACGCAGGUGGUAUAAUGAGGAACGUUUCCAGCCACAUCGCCGUCCGUGAAGAUUACAGGCAAAUUCUCCGCGAGAGAAAUUGUUUAAGUGUCUUACUGCAGCAUCUGAAGUCACCAAGUUUGACUGUUGUAAGCAACUCUUGUGGUACUCUGUGGAACCUAUCGGCAAGAUGCCCACAAGAUCAACAGUUCUUAUGGGACCAUGGGGCGGUCCCGAUGCUACGAAGCCUUAUUCAUUCCAAACACAAAAUGAUAGCUAUGGGCUCUAGUGCAGCUCUUAAGAAUCUAUUAAAUUCGAAACCAGGCAAGACACACAUCAUAUCUCUAGACACGACCGCUAGGAGUAUGAACCUGCCAGCCUUACCCACACUCGGCGCUCGAAAACAAAAGGCCUUAGAACAAGAACUCGAUCAGAACCUAGCGGAAACUUGCGACAAUAUCGAACCAGCUACAUCCCCCUCAACAAGCAACAGGGAGGAAAAAAAUCUCUUCACUGCGACCGAAAGACAAAUAGCCAUGAAUUUGGAGAGACACAGAAUGACGUCUAGUUCGCCACUCAUGGGAACGCUAGCUUCGCAGAUAUCACUAAGUCACAGCGCUCAUUUGGCGAGCUAUCUCAGCUGCAGUAACACGCUGUUAAAAGGUGCUUUAGUGACAAGAUCGAACACCGGCAGCGCGGGGAGCGUCAACAGAUCGGACAGUAAAGACUCUGUCACUAGCACGCAUUCCGACUCUGUGUUUGAAAGAGUCAUGCGCACAGGCAAAGUGCCAGUACCCACACCGCGUAACAAGGACUUGAUGAAAAUGGAAAAUUCGGGCGAAGCGUUUAAGGCAACCUCGAAAGCACUAACAAAAGAUAACACCUAUCUUCGAUACAGCCAACCACCUAUACCACCACCCAGAAGCUCCACUGAUAUGAGAACGAAUUACACGGAAUCUGGUUACGACGUCGACCAGGAUUCCUGCGACCAACCCAUAGACUAUAGUAGAAAAUACUCAGAAACUAAGACCAAUGAAGCUGAGGCGACUUUAUCACAAGAGAAAGCCAAAACUUCUGAACCUAAAAAGGAUAAAAAAGAAAACCCGAACACCUUUGGCGAUUAUCAAGAAACAGAUUUAGACCAACCAACAGAUUAUUCUCUGCGUUACGCUGAGCAUCAAUCUGAGACAGGGUCGGAUAUUUCCGAGCCUCCUGGACCUUCAGUUCAUGAGGAUACCAUUAAACACUUCGCUACGGAAGGUACUCCCUACGAAACUCCGAUCAUUUUCUCUACAGCCACUUCCAUGUCAGAUUUACGCGUAAUUGGGAAAGAAGUGAAACCGAAGAGUAUACCAAAUAUGAAGGAACAUCCUGAAGCCAUGACCCAUUCAGACGAGAAAGACACAUGUUCUAUCGAAGAUCCCCCGAGGCAUGACAACGACAGAGCCAUAUCAACCCCUCCGCAACAAUCAGUGGAACCGAUUCCAGAGAAACGAGGUGUCUUUGAUACCAAGUUCAGCUCAGGAAUGAUCAGUCCAGAGAAACCUGUCAAUUACUGCGAUGAGGGCACCCCCGGCUAUUUUUCGAGGGUCAGUUCGUUGAGUAGUCUUGGAGAACCCACCGAGGAAGACAGCUUAGCGAAAAAGAACGCACAAGCCACUAUCAAUGUUGAGCCUAGUCCGCACGAACAGAGUACCAGCAGUUCUGCAAAGGAAAAAGAGGGUUCGAAAGCGGUAACAUUCGCAACGGAGCCUCGAAUUUCACAACCGGAGACUCCUGGGCUGGCUUCAGCACAGACAGGUUCACCUUCGCAACGCUUCAUAGAAGACACUCCCCUAAUGUUCUCCAGGUCGAGUUCCCUCGGGUCUUUACCGGAGUGCUCCCAGCAAGAUGAUCAGGGUUCUGUCGUGUCUGAAGUCAGCCGGCUGACGUCGGGCUGCAUCUCGCCGAGCGAGAUCCCGGACUCACCGGGCCACAGCGCGCCGCGCUCGCCGCCCGCCGCCGCGCCCGCGCUCUCGCUCGCACACGCACACACGGACUUCUCGCUCGCGCACGACACGGAAGCGUGUGGCGCGGCGUCAGUGUUCGCGGAGCGCGUGUCGCGCUUCGUGCUGGAGCACACGCCCGCGCACUUCUCCAACAACACCAGCCUCAGCAGCCUCACCAUCGACGACGAGCCCAAGCAGUCGCUGAUGAUAAAAACUACUGAGCCGGAAUCCAGCCAAUCACCGCCAACGAAUGCUGCUGUUUCCUGUGUACAGCCGGAUAUUAACAGACAAAAAGGUUUACCAACUACUUCCGGAUUAAGUAAUGAGCCUAUGAAAGGAACGCAGACGCCAGGUGACACUUGCAAAGUGUACUUCACGGAGGACACCCCAGCCAUCUUGUCCAAAGCGGGCAGCAACUCCAACCUGUCGGCUCUGUCCAUCGAGUCGUCGCCCCCCGCACCCCCAGCCGCACCCACCGACCCGCAGCCCCUCAGAGAGUCCCCUCCCCCUCGCCAGCGGUCGUCCCAUCACGAACAAACCAAAACGAAGCCCCCCGAACUGCAAACGCACCACGACACCUCGGACAGCUCCAAUCUGAGUGAUGCCGGUGAUUUGUUAGAGGAGUGCAUUCAAAAAGGCAUAGCGCAGGUUGUUAAGAACAAGGGCCCGACUUCGGAAGUCUCUUCCGUCAACCCUUACACAGCCAGGGACGAUGUUUAUAGAUCGCUACCGCCGUACCUGCGCUCGUCGACCGAAACAGUCAAAAUGUCGCAAGAGUUUGCUCGGAACGUCAGAGACAGCCGAAGCAGAAGCCGAAGCGGAAGCCGAAGCCGCAGCGGAAGCAGAAGUCGAAGCGGAAGCGCGCCACCGUUGCCGCCGAAGCCGGGCCCGCCGCGCGCCGCACGCGGACGUGUACACCAAAGUCGCCCGCAAGUGAAAAGCUGUGCAACAACGGAGAAACCGAAAUUGCCGAUCACAACCAACUUGGCAAGGAACGACUCAUUAAGUUCACUCAGCUUAGACUCCUUCGGCUCUACCGACAGAGAAAUUUUUGAAGAAACUGUGAAAGCCGGUCUAUCCAGCGUCAAUCCACGCGCUAAAUUCACGCUUGAGAGUAAUAAAGGUAAAGCCCAUUCUGUAGAGAGGCCAUCAGAGUCCAUGAGGCACGGCAGGCACCACAAAUCCCUCGACAGAAGCGACAAAAUCACACAGCAUCGCUCCAAAAUCAAAGACCCCGAGUUUGAGAAAAAUCUGGCGUCAGGAGCUUACAACAUCAAACUUUCUCAUAAAGUAAAGAAACUAGAACAGGACUUCGCAGCUUUGAACCUGACCAGGUCUCCCUAUUCUUACCAUGGAGAAACUGGACAUUCGUUAGCACACCAUUCGCGAUAUAGGGGACAUUCGUCGCGAUUUUACGACGAUGGUCCUCCAAGCUUACCUGCUAGAAUGGAAGAUCCCAGAAGGCACUUAGAAAGGAGCAAUUCAUUAAGUUCGCUCAGCAACGAAUCGUUCGGUUCAACCGACAAGGAAGUAUUCGAGAGAUGCGUUAGAAUGGGAAUGUCGAAGGCGCAGCCGAAGAAACGUGACGACGGAAAGCUGAGAGUCAGGAGCGAUGAUCGUCUAGAAACUAGGGAGUCGCACAGGAGACGCCGAAGAGAGACAAAAGCGCCUCAAGGUGCUCUGGAUAAGAUGGUUGGUGAGGAGUAUUCGAAGGACCGGGCGAUUUUGGAGGAGGUUAUAGCUAAAGGCGCGGGAGAAAACAGAACUCAGCCAAAAAACGUCCCAGCGCCGUCUGUGGCCCGCGCGUCCGCAGACGAGCGCGCCGACAUCGCGCUAACUGGCUCUGACGUUGAGCAACAUUGCUCCAACGAACACGAUUUGAAGCAACUUUGCUCAGAAACUGCCAAUAUUGAACAACCUUGCUCGAAAAAUACGGAUUUGGAGCAACCCUGUUCCGAAAAACCGUCUCAAGAAGCCCUAUCGGAGCAUCAUGACUCCGCCUUCGACAACACCGACCACGAAACGACGCAAGAGUCCGUCGAGCCAGAUACAGUAUUCGACAAAUCUAAUGAAAUGCCCACCGUUGAUUCUGGCAACACCACCUUCGAAUCCGACGCGAUAGAAAUGGAGCGUUCCAAUGAAUGCUUGGCCCCGAAAUCCGCCAACACAACAAUCGACUCGGAGAUCAAAGACGAACUGAACAGAUCCAAUGAGUCCUACGCAGAAGUUCUAGACGGUUCCUGGAGCGACGACGGCUCGCACAAAAACUACGAAGCGGCCACUUUGACUAGGAAGAACAAACUUGAGUGGACCGACAUCAAAUAUACGGAAAGAGUACAGGAGGAACAUUCUAAAAGAACAGACACGUGGAACGACAACACGUGUCCUGAUGACGUCACCUUCCCAACAAUCAGCGGUUCGGUACACAUGGUGUCGUCCAUCAGAAGUGAAAUCGUAGAAACCAAUAUGGCGUUGCCUGAUCUAUUAGAGAAGAGCGAAGCCGGCAAUUUGUUCACGCGGCCCGAUUUAACGAACAAGCUAGAUGGUGAAAUAUCACAUAUUAACGAGAACGGGAUAUUAAUUGAGAACGUCGAACCUAGUUUCAUCUUGGAUGAUGGCGACCACAAAUUCGAUUCCAUAAUGUCGUCCGCUAUAGAGAAAGAAGCCGCUAGAUUGGCGGCGCAGUUGAAGAAUUCCCAUUACACAAUGGAAACUAGCGUUACAUCGCUCACAUCUUUAGACUUAGAUAAUGUGAAACCACCCUCAAAUUUAGGAAGCCUCCUCUCCUUAAGUGCUUCGGUCCAAUGGGACGAAACGUCGCAAUCGUCUAAGAAGACCAAAAGUCGAAAGAAGUCCUUGCCCGUUGCUUUAAUGAUGAAAAGAGCUCUGAGUAAUUCAAUGCACCAAGGAAGUUCUGAGCAUUUAGACAGUAUCCCAGUUAGCUUACUCGAAAACGUAAAACCACCUUCUGAGAUGGAGCACAUCGAUAUGGAGAGCAGCAUGGUAUCUGUGUCCAGCAUCGUUUCUGAAGUAGCCGACAUUAAAGAGAAGACACCAGUAGUGUUCGACUUUAAACAACCAAUACAGGACUUCCCGCUGUGUACCACCUUCACCAACGUCUUCCAUGACUUGGACAAAGUCAACCCUCCGUCAUUGUUUGAUGAAAUGGCUGAGUCGACGAUAGAAUUAGAACCAACUACUGCCCAACAAGUUUACGACGAUUGUACUUCCAAUACUUUGAACGUGGUUACGGAUAUUCCUUCUGGAUCGGAAAACUGUACACCACUGCCAUCGGAUAUAAGCAGUGUAGAGUCCACGCCUAAGAGACAACGCGAUCCUAAGUACUUGACGCCUAAAGAGAAGAGAAAAGCAUCUAACAACCGGUAUCAAACUUAUACAAUCACGGACACCGUUUCGGAAAGCGACAUUGUUUUAGAAACGGCUGAAACAGAAGAUUUCGUCACCUGGACCAAAUCUGAGAGCGAUCGAUCGGACGAAUACGUUACUGCAAACUCCGAACCCAAAUCCAAGAGACGGCUUAGUGCUAAACAAAGAAGAUUAGAGGACAGAGCUAGGUAUCAAACACAAACCGUCGACAUUCACAACAUUCCAACUCAGGACUCCGCUCAGACUGUACCUGAUCCUAAAAUAGAAAACUUGAAGCAAAGACUAGCAGCUAAAAAGACGAUCAAACAGAAACGUAUGGAAGACGCGGAGCGGUUCAGAACGAGGACGCUAAGCGAGGAUAUACCACCGUCUCCGACUUUCGUAACAAAGGAUGCGAAUUUCGAAAACGUCGAAACCACAACCGGUUACGACAGUUUAUCGUCAAGCGAACUCAAUCACCAGCAGAUUCUAGACGAUAGGCACGACGACGUAUUCUCCAGAGACGUGGACAGCGGUCACAAUGAAGACGAUUUCGAAUUGAAUUCUACGCAAAUGCAAACCUACACAAAAAGCUUCAGAAAUUACUUGCCGGUGAUUGAAAGUCCAGCAGCCGUGGACAUGUGCGUCGUGAACAACUUAAAGAAUAUCGAAAUGACCGCUUCAUAUAGACGCACCAUACAGAGCGACAAGAGUCAGAAUCCAAGCAGCAGUGACUUCGCCAGUUACGAAGGCGAUAGCAACUCUGAAGACAAAGCACAGUCUGAGUCCGAUACAGAGAGCGCCCUCACGCGGCCCAAACCGAAAAUUAUAAAACCAGAAUUGAGAAGAGACGACAGUUUGGACUCCAACGAAUCUGGUGAAAAAGAGCAAGGUUCGCCUAAAGCUAUUAGAGGUAGAAAGAAGGCGGUGUACGUUUCUCCUUACAGAAGGACCACACCAAGUGUUAAAAAACAAACAUUUGCGUCUGCAAAAACACCUGGGAAACCAAUUCCAACAACUAAACCUACAACAAAUACAACAAAAAUGAGUGCCAAAACAACAACAACUACUAAAACAGUACCAGCCGCAAGAACAGCUACUACUUCACCCAAAAAAUUACCCAACAAAUCACCAACGAAGUCUGCACAACAGAAAACCGUGUCAAUACCACCAGUUGCGAGCAAACCGUUGCCGUUGACAAGGCAGGGCACGUUCACUAAAGAAGACAGCACAGUGCCGCCGAAAGACUUACCAGAACCGGAUAUAAAAGCAACAGUACCGCGGUCAGUAAAGGCUACUUCGCCAACCAAACCAAACACGUCGCCGUCUAGGCUGCCGCAGUUCUCACGCUAUGCGCGACCGCCAUUAUCUAAAACUAACACCAGCACAAGCAAACAGACGAAGAUUUACUUCAAAAAAGCUGCUGAACCCGCCAUGAGGAAUUCCCCAUCGAACCACAGUUUACAAAGCAACGAUAGCGGGAAAACUAUCGUCCUAGCUAGGGGGUCCAGACAGGGCAGCACUUCUAGUGUGAACUCUAUCUCAUCUCCCAAAUCCAACACAAAAGAGGUGGAAAGCAAAAUAGCGAACCUCUGGCGGAGGACUGACACCAAAAAAACAACGAAAACUGAAAAGAAGGUAUUGAUAGAUAGCGCUAAGACUGAACCGCCGAAACUCAUAAGGAGUUCGACCUUUGAGGGCCGGCCCAAUCAAAGUCAGAUGUCAGCUCCCAAACAGAAAACUGCUAUCGGUAUGAGGGUAUCCCAGAUACCAAGUCUAAGACCUAAAUCCACUCCCGCAAAAAUCGGUACACAGGUACCAGCGAGCUCGAACAAGAAGCCAGCAGCUAGAGCGUUUACGAAAAAACAAGUUAGUGGUCAAUUGACUUCAUAA